AGUAUGAUGUCCGUAGAAGACGAUAGAACAAAUUGAAAUCUAUUUUGGAUUAAUAGACGCCAGAAUGAUGCGGUUCAUUCUGUUGCUGACUGUAGCUGGUUUAGCUGUGGGAUAUAAGAACCCUCACUAUGCUUCCGGCCGAACCACCAUGGUACAUCUUUUUGAAUGGAAGUGGGACGACAUUGCUGCUGAAUGUGAAAGGUUCCUUGGACCACGAGGAUUUGGUGGCAUUCAAAUUUCACCGCCUAAUGAGAAUUUGAUGAUCUGGUCAAAGAAUAGACCAUGGUGGGAGAGAUACCAGCCGAUAUCUUAUAGACUUGUAACUCGUUCCGGUAAUGAGCAGCAAUUCGCUAACAUGGUGCGUCGUUGCAACAACGUUGGUGUCAGGAUUUACGUGGACGCAAUCAUUAACCAUAUGACGGGUACUUGGAAUGAGAAUGUUGGCACUGGAGGCAGUACUGCGAACUUCGGAAACUGGCAUUACCCCGCCGUGCCCUAUGGAAGAAAUGACUUCAAUUCACCACAAUGUGUGAUUUCUGGCAAUGACUAUAACUGCUGUCCUGACAGAGUGCGAAACUGUGAGCUCUCUGGUCUGAAGGACUUAAACCAAGGGUCUGCCCAUGUUCGUAACAUGAUUGUCAAUUUUAUGAAUCAUCUCAUUGGUCUUGGAGUCGCUGGAUUCAGAAUUGAUGCUGCUAAGCACAUGUGGCCUGGAGACCUACGCGCAAUCUAUGACAGGCUACACAAUCUUAACACAAAUCAUGGCUUCCCAUCUGGUGCUCGUCCUUACAUCUACCAAGAAGUUAUAGAUCUUGGUGGUGAAGCUAUCAGCCGCAAUGAGUACAUAUCACUCGCUGCAGUCACUGAGUUUAGAUUCGGAAUGGAAUUGAGCAGAGCCUUCCAGGGUGGAAAUCAAUUGAGGUGGUUAAGUAAUUGGGGACCUAACUGGGGUCUGCUUGCAAGCGGUGAUGCUUUAGCAUUUAUUGAUAACCAUGAUAACCAGAGAGGCCACGGCGCCGGUGGAAAUAUUCUUACAUACAAGAGUUCUAAACGAUACAAGGGAGCGAUUGCUUUUAUGUUGGCCCACCCAUACGGCCAGCCUCAGUUGAUGAGCAGCUUUGAUUUCUGGGACACUGAGGCUGGACCCCCGAUGGACCGCAAUGGCAAUAUCAUUUCUCCAUCUAUAAAUUCUGAUGGUACCUGCGGCAAUGGUUGGAUCUGUGAGCAUCGUUGGCGUCAAAUUUACCAGAUGGUUGCAUUCAGAAAUGUUGCCGGGAACACUGGCGUAAAUAACUGGUGGGACAACGGCAGCAACCAAAUCGCCUUCUGUCGCGGCCAGCAAGCAUUCAUUGCUUUCAAUAAUGACAACUGGGAUCUUAAUCAAAACUUGAAUACUUGUCUACCAGCCGGUUCUUACUGUGACGUUAUAUCUGGUGUCAAAGAGGGCAACAGAUGUACUGGCAAGACUGUUACCGUCGGCAACAACGGCGUCGCGCACAUUUCUAUACGUGCUAACGACUAUGACAUGAUUCUCGCUAUUCACCGUGGCAAUGAGUCAAGAUUGUAAAGAAGAAUGUUUUUACUGGAAUUGACACAAAAUGGAAUCUAAAACCGAAUGGAAUCAAAAUGUAAAA